AUGUGCUACCGCUGCGCCACCACCGUCUCCAAGGCCUGCCAGGCAGUCCGGCCGACGCUCCAGGCAGCACCACGACAGCAGGCGCGCCUCAUCCACAACACCUCAUUCAGACCGUACAAGGGCACUCCGAUGACCGUGGCGCAAGCGGCGCAGCACAACAAGGCCGGGAUGGCGGGAGUGGGCGCCGUGACGGGAGCGCUGUUGGUUGCGACCGGGACAGCAAAGUUGAUGAAGCAGGUCGAGGAGAACAGCAUGACGGGGGGCAGGGACAGGAACGGAGUCAAGGCGUACCUGGCAAGGAAGAACGGGCAACUUGUUUGA